AUGAACGACCGCAUAAGUAGAGAUUUAACGAAAAGCUUUUUAGAAAAGAGAGAACUGGCAAAGGAGGAAAUAGAUCCCCGAAAAAAUUGGCUAAAGAGGAUUUUAGUAAAUAAGAACUCAUACGAUUUGAAGAUGUUUUUAAAAGCAGGAGAGUUAAAAAAGAAAGAUGGGGAUUAUUGUAGCAGUUGUAAAUGUAGCGUGAAACAAAUUUAUUAUAUAAACACAAGCAAAGUUUUCUGUGAAGUUUGUGAGGAGAUAUUUUGUAUGUAUUGUGUAAAAAGUAUAGACAUUAUGAAAGACAAUCAGUUAAAAUAUAUAAAAGUAAGAUUGUGUAAAAAUUGCUUUAUAUAUAUAAAUGAAUUAAAAUAUAUUAUAGAGCCAAACUUAUCUAUAGAUAAAAAAGCAAUUGAUUUAGUAAAUGCCUUUAACGAAAUAUCAAAUCGUUACACUACUAUUUGUAGUAAUGUAUCGCAGUUAAAUGGGUUAAUAUUACUUUGUGAAAAUAAUAAAGAAUAUUUAGAAAAUUUUAAAAGUGAAAUUAAGCAAUUAAUGGAUGUUAUUCAGCAUGACAUAGAUUUCUUAAAUGCCAUGAAAAAACAAAAUGAUUUUGCUGCAGACAACACGUUAAUUUUGAACAGAAUGUGUAAAAAUUUAUUGUUGUACUUGAAAAUAAUUAGAAAUAAAAUAAUUCCUAGUGCAGUAGAUGUCUUGAAUAAAACAAAGGAGUUGUUAUAUAAAAAAAUAUAA